AAAGAGCAGACAGGUGGAAAGAGAAGUCAUGAUCAUAGAUGCUGAUGAUUGCAGUAAUUCCACAACAUCCACAAUGCCCAAAACCACCCAGUAUGCCCAUUCAGUGAUGGCUUUACUGGUUCGUUUGUUCAAUUUACUGAAACAUCUAAUUAGAACCAGGUUAAAGUUGAACAUUCACUUAGUGGGCUACCUGUCAACAGCCUGCCUCCUUGGUGGAUUGGGAGUAAAUUUGUACACCUCCUGGACAGUGCUGGAGAAUGUAGUGACCUUGCUGGUGAUUUGCGGUGGACUGAUUCUAAGGUACUGCUUUACCUGGGAGAAGCUCGGACAAGCAGUGCUGCACAUAUGGCUUGGGGGCGUGCUGGGCAUGGUGGUGUUUUCCCAGCCUCUGCACCUGAGCAAGGAAGAAAGCUACAAUUACACCAACACAAUCACCAAUGACUUAUUUCUUGUAUCUCUUAGCUUCAACUGCUUAUGGAAUGUUAUAGAAGUUGUAUUUAGCCUAACGACUGAAGAGACUGUAUUACUGUCAAAUGUGGAAAUAUAUGAAGUCGUGGGAUUAGCAGUGGGAGCUUUGGCAGCACCAGAGGCUGAUCCUCUUGUCUGGUUCCUACUCAUAACAGCUUUCUGUUUUACAACAGUCUCAAUAAGAUUGAAGUCACUACUUGGCAUACUUAAUCUUUUCACUCUUCUUGUUGUAUCUAGUAUGUUCCUUUUUCCAUUGCUAAAUCCCAUUAAUCUGUACGGGAUCUCCUGCUUUGCUGGAAGGAUUGCGAUUCUGUCUAUAAAAGAUCUACUUUUCUCUGGAUCUACAAGCCUGGACAGGUGGACUGUUAUUUUGUCAAGGUCUAAAGUAAUAAGACAUCUUGGAAUACUAACCAUUUUCCUGAUGAAGAUGGCCUUGUGUCCGUUGACAGGGGUGCUAGCAUACAGUCACAAGGAGUGGUACAUAGUGGUUCCAAUAUUUUUUGUGUGUGUAUUUAUCUGGCUCUGUUUCCAUGUGAUUUCAUUCAUAAGUGUCUGGAAUCUAAUGGUGAAGAUCACAGAUUGUAAUAUCACCCACACGAACCUGAGCAUCACGGAGGACGGGGCAAAGAGCAUGAACCGGGUCAUGUCCUCUAAAGGUGUGCGCCAUUUUGCUUUGAUCUCACAGCGAUUGCUGUGCCUGAGACUGGUGAUGACGCUGGUGCUGCUUGCCAUAGGCUGGGAAACAAGAACCGGUUUAAGCCUGACAUUAGGGCUAAUCAUCCUUCCACUAGACAGUAUGGCUGUCAGUCUCUUCCAUAACCUGGGCUCCUACUUGGGAGGGACAUGCACAGGGUUUGGGCUCGUCGCACCUGCAAACCUGCUCAGUCCUUCAUCUGGUGCUAAACUGCUAACUCCACAUGCUUUUCAAGAAAUCGGGUCCCGUUCCACUACCAUCAUUAACCUGGUACAGAGGUUCUUUGCUUAUCACAUGAUAGACUCUUAUGGAUGUGACUAUUCCACAAGUGGGCUGACUCUUGAAUAUGUCAACAACAAGCUGAGAGCAUUUUUCGAUCGGCACACCAGUGAUGGUCCCCGGUUUGAUACCUACAUAGUGUACUACAGUGGAGAUGUAUAUGACAAUGGUAACUGGGCCUUAGCAGGUAAUGUCUCUCUAAGUCUGGACGCAAUAUUGGAGUGGUGGCAGGAGAAGAACAGGGGUUCUGGUGCACGUCUCCUGUUGGUCCUAGAUACACUGCACUCUUACCACUGGGCCAGACAGGUUUCCUAUGUUAAAGAUGCCUUUGUCGCUGUCCAAACCUGCAAGUUCCUUCCCCAACUCGACCCUGAGGCAAGCACAGAGUGUGGGAUAGGAGAUUUCACCCUUGACUGGAUUGACUACAACUCUGGCAAGUCACCUUCUGUGACACGGUCACUCAAAGGGAGACCCAUUCAGUCUGUGUUCGGAGUUUCCCGCGUAUGGACGGACUUCUCGUUCCACCUUCCCACAGAGCAUGAUUUCGCCCAGCAUUGGGACAACAACUUUCCAAAGCUGACACGCCCUCUUAUUCGGGCGGUAAACUUUCCACAGGCUGGUAGCUUGUGCUGCUGCAGUGACUGUGUUACACGGUGGGUUAAGCGUAAAAAGAUGAGGUGGCUGCCACCCAAAGAAAUUGACACUGGUCAUGGUUUCAAGCUUGUACGCUCAUAGUUUUUUUAUUUUGAGCUUCAUAUAUAUUUAUUAUUCAGUUAUCUCCUUUUAAUAGAUGUUUGGAGUACAUUGAUCAUUUCUACUAAGAGAACAAAUAUAUUUUAUUCAUUGUCAAAGACGACUUUUUUAGUUACAUGUAAAUCUCGUUCCAUUUUCUCCACAUUAAAAGUAUUACUCCUGCAAUCAUUAAAAUAUUCUACAAAGUACUUAAUGUAAAUAUUAAUGUUUCUCAUUUAAUGAGAAUUGACAGAGAUGAGUAUAACAGAGGGCUCGAAUGAGAAUCAAGCACAUUCCUGCUCAGCAUGGGAAUAUACUCGUGUUUUGGACUCCGUAUUGGAUGAAAUGUUUUUUGUGCUUUUGUUAAUACCUUCAUAUACAAAGAAAGAGAAAAUAUUUCCUUAGAUGUAUAUGUAGUAUGUGGUAUUCAUCGUCAUUCUUGUAAAUCCAGUAUCAUCAGUCCACAACUCUUACAUCUAUUUCAUGUGGUGAAUUAUGUGAAGAAAUGGUGUGUCAUGCUGCUCUCAUGGCAUGAAGAAAGUGUUUAAUUCACAUGUUUUAAUGGUUUUGC